AUGGUUUCCUCAAACUCUCUUGUGGGAACGUUUUUAAGCACCGUAGCACUUUUGGGACAAUGCAUACCUAGUGCCUACGGCCAUUCAGUGCCAAUUGGCAUCAAAUCCUCCAGACAAGUAAUUAACGGCAACUCACCUGGGUGCGGCAAAACCCCAACCAUAACAUCUGGAACCAAGUCUAUCACCGUCAAUGGCCAAAACAGACAAUACAUCAUUCGCGUCCCUUCUGGUUACGACAAGAAUAAGCCUUACAAGCUGAUAUUCGGCUUCCACUGGGUCGGUGGCACCAUGACAGACGUCGCAAGUGGUGGGAGUGAUGGUGCACUCUGGGCAUACUACGGACAGCAGCGAAUGGCAAACGAAAACGCCAUUCUUGUUGCACCACAAGGGCUUGGUAACGGAUGGGCCAAUUCGGGCGGUCAGGACAUCAACUUUGUGGACCAAAUGAGAAAGGCAAUCGAAAAUGACCUUUGUGUCAACCAGGGACAACGUUUUGCAGUUGGCUUUUCUUAUGGGGGAUCGAUGUCCUUCUCGAUUACUUGCUCGCGAGCCAAAGACUUUCGUGCGGUGGCUGUUAUAUCUGGUGGACAGCUGAGUGGUUGCGAUGGUGGCACAUCUCCAAUUGCGUAUCUCGGUAUUCACGGCAUCAACGAUGGCACUCUACCUAUUUCCACUGGCCGUGGACUACGUGACAAAUUCGUUGCCAACAAUGGCUGUACCAAGAUAAGUCCAAAGGAGCCUGCGGCUGGAAGCAAGACGCACGUGAAGACCGAGUAUUCUGGAUGCAAAGCUGGCUACCCUGUUACCUGGAUUGCGUUCGACGGUGGCCAUGCUCCCGCACCGGUGGAUGGAGGUAGUGAUAGUGGUGCAAAGUCGUACACCCCGAAGGAGAUAUGGAGUUUCUUUUCUCAGUGGUGA